AUGGCACCGUUCUGCGGUAGUGCAAAGACGAGUUUGCACAAUCAGGUGUUUUUGGAGGGUGUCAAGACUGCUUUGGUGGCUGCUAAAGGUGCUGCUUCGGCUGGUAUCUGUAAUGGAUAUACGAAAGCAAAAGGAAGCGCAGAAUGGACAGAUGAAGAGAGGGAAGUCGGAUUAAAGGCAUUGGGGAGGGUAUAUGCUGGCUGGGGCUUCAGUCAAGCCUUUUACCGCGAGAAGCUCUAUGAAUCAGUGCUCGGAUUCAAAGACUUGGAUACGUGA